AUGGCAAGCCACAAUGAUAGCACUGUUGUUAUCCCUAAAGUGUCCAUUGAAGGUAUUCUGACGGUUAGUCCGACGAGGUUGAUUGAUCCGAGACAGACCCGACUGGUGUUAACGUGUGAUCUUGUCGGUUCAGGGAUUUUGCAGAGGUGCUUCAACGUGGUCCAAUACUACAUGAAGGAAAAGGAAGAAGAUUCUGGCUGGCUAGUUGCUGGGUGGUUUAAAGAAACACUAGCGAGAGCUUUGUUGGAGCAACCGAUGAUCUGUGGUCGUCUUCGAAAAACAGAGCGAAACGAGGGAGGAUUGGAGAUCGUGUCCAAUGAUGCCGGCGUUAUACUCGUCGAGGCGACGAUUCAGAUGAAUCUCUUGGAGUUUCUCGAUUUGAAGCCAAUGGAAGAGGCCGAAGCUCAGCUUGUGUUUUGGAAAGAUAUCGAUGAACAAAAUCCGCAAUUAUCCCCGCUAUUCUAUGUUCAGCACGGACCAACUCACCGAGUCACUAAGUCUCUCAGCCACGGAGUCUCAAAAGGCCUGGUAUGUUUUUCUCUUAUAGUCUCGAUCGGUAAGCCCACCCCUCUCCCGGACCUCGCUUCCCAGUGCACUCUCUUUUCGGCAAGCUCCGCUAUCAUAUCCUCUCUUCGUUCCAUCCCAAACUCUCCGAUUACACUCUCGAACGACAAGCAUCUCGUUGUUAUCUCUUCAAUUGGCCUUUCGUAUUUCGCCGCUUACUUAGCUCGAAAUUUCACUGUCGCCGAUGCUUUCACUUCGCUGCCGAUUCGUUUCGGUAGUUUCUCGAAUAUAUGGCUUCGCAAGAGAGAUCGAGAUGCUGCGAAUUUUUCUGAGGAUGAGGAGGAAAGGAAGUUGAUUCCCUCAUUUAAGAGAAUUCGGAAUUAUCGUACGAAGGUGCGUUAUCAUUUAACUGAUGAUAUCAGUAGAAUGAGUAGUCCUAUGGUCUCGGUAAAAAACACUGAGCUGAACUCCUGUUUGUUAGCUGAAUCUAGUGCUAGACAAUUAAGCUGUGAAGUGGAGGGCACUGAAAACGUAGAAAGCAAGGUGCACGUGCAAGACUAUAUGCUAGGACAUGUCAGUAAAAAAUUAGUUGCCAGUGAGCCAAUUGUUGAACCGAUGUUUCUAAAUGGAGAAACAGUUCACGACAUAGAAACCACAUCUGUUAAACUCGAUGGUAUAAACUCUCCAGAGUUUGCUGAGAAGAGCAGUAUGUCAGUGGAAUCGGGUGGAAAUUUUUUUGUGGAUUUUACCGCCACAAAUUUUAGAAUUGCAGACAAUGAAAUGGUUCUGGAGGAUGAUAAGAAAGAGGAGAAACUUAACUUGGCAAGUAGAAGACAAGUAGUUGAAGAUCUUUCUCCUCCAUUUAACAUUAAUCUUUCCGAUAUCCUGCCUAAAAUAGAUUUGAAUAAGAUGUCAUCCCUAGGUGAGGAAUGCGAGAGUUUAACGGAAGUAGCUAGUGUUAUGCAUUCUAUUACUGAAGAGCAGUUGACAGAUUCUUCUGCAAAAGCAAAGACAAAUCAGAUUCAGAGGCAUGUGGUGCCUCCAGUAUUGCAGACCCCCAACAAGUCUUUAGGGGAUACCGUUGUUGUCAGUACUUACAAAAGGAGGAGGCAUGGUGUUAAAGAUAAUUCAUCAGUCUGUACUGUGCUGAAAUCAAUUCAGAACCAUAAGGAUAUAUCUGUUAAAGAAAGAAGGGGAAACUCUAUAUCCAUUUCUCUUCAGGACCAGUCAAAGCCAAAAAUAUUACCCGACUUUGAAUCUUAUAUUGUAGAAGAGGAAGAAGGUUCAGGUGGUUAUGGUACUGUGUAUAGGGCUCGAAGGAAGAAUGAUGGGGCUUUUGUUGCCCUUAAAUGUCCUCAUGCCAAUGCUCAUAAGAACUAUGUUAACAAUGAGCUGAACAUACUGGAGCGUUUUGGGGGCAGAAACUUCAUAAUACGAUGUGAAGGUUGCAUUAGGAGUGAGAAUUCUGAUUGCUUUGUUCUGCAGUAUGUUGAGCAUGAUAGACCUGAGGUGUUGAAAAAAGAGAUCGAUGUUUUCCAGUUAAAGUGGUAUGCUUUUUGCUUGUUCAAAGCUCUUGCAAAUCUUCAUAAAGAGGGAGUAGUUCAUAGAGAUGUUAAACCAGGAAACUUUCUUUUGUCUCGUAAUACCAACAAAGGUUAUCUUAUUGAUUUCAAUCUUGCAAUGUUUUGUUUCUUCUCUUGUUUUGAUAGGAAAUGCAUCAAAACUACAGUAGUACGGGUUAGUUCUUUUUUCUGGAUCUUUCAAUUAAGAAUUCUACUACUGUUUUACUGUAGCAAUGAAGAGGAACAUCUACAUAUUUUUGUUUUCUUGUCUGUCCUCUAUAUCCAUAAGAACUCAAAUGACAAAUCAAAGUUGGGAUAUGAUGCAAGUUAUCGUCGUAAUAUUGUGCCUGCCAAAGCUACUCAUCUGACGGAUAGCAGCAAAUUUUUAAAUAUCAAAUCAAGAGAGGGAAUCAAUAUUGAGGCAACAAAAGGCUCCAGGUUAACUUUAGAGCCUAAGAAGACAACAGUCCAAAGGAAGGCUCCUCACAACGACUUGGGUAGUUGGAAUAAAAUAAACAGUCAGGGUGCAGAAGUUUCAGCCAUUACCUCGGCAAAGGAUGCAAGUGCAAGGACUCCUUCAGCAGAAAGACUCAGAGAACCUUUGCCAUGCCAUGGUAGGAAAGAGCUCAUCACCCUGGCACAGGAAGCAAUGCAGCUGACCCCAAAACCUGGAGUGUCUCAUGUUCCUGCUCCCAUGAGAAAACGAGUUGCUGCUUCUUCAGGAAUAAUGGAUAGACAGAUUCUCUAUCCUACUCCAAUGCCUUUGAGCUCAACUAGCCUUGCGAUAUCUGGAUUUGGUUUAUCCAAGAACAAGGGGGAUGGAAAGCAUAAGAGAGAAGGUCCUUGUGCUGGAACAAAAGGCUUCCGCAGAGGUAAUGAACAAUACGCUUCAAUUUUAUGUUUUGAAUUUGAGUGGUUUGUGCAGGUCUUAUUCAGAUCUCAACAUCAAGGUCCAAAGAUUGAUGUCUGGUCUGCUGGGGUCACUCUACUCUACCUAAUGAUCGGAAAAUCACCGUUCAGCGGUGAUCCUGAACAGAAUAUUAAGGAUAUUGCAAAAUUGAGAGGCAGUGAAGAUCUUUGGGAAGUAGCCAAGUUACAUAAUCGUGAAUCCUCAUUUCCUGAGGAGCUUUAUGGCAAGCAGUCUUUAACAUCUAUGAACCUAAGAGAGUGGUGUCAAAUGAAUACGAAGAGACGAGUCUUCCUUUUGGAUAUACCGGACUCUCUUUAUGAUCUUGUAGACAAGUGCUUAACGGUAAACCUGAGAUUAAGGAUUACAGCAGAGGAUGGUCUUAAGCAUGAAUUCUUGGCUUCAAUACAUGAAAACCUGAGGAAGCAAAGGGCUUUCAAGCAAGGGAAUCAGCUUGGACUCUGAGAUAUCCAACAAUCUUUUGCUGGGAGAAAGGAUCACUAACUCAAUAACUCCAAUUUUUUGAAGGUUUUGUGGAAGGUUCGAAAUCUUUUCUGCAAUUCUAAAUGCUGUAAAUGUAUGGAAUUUCAUCUUAUAUGUUCCAGUUGUGU